UGUCAUUUUUGUCAUUUGUUCAUCGUCAAAAUUAAGCAGCUCUCUCCCUCCUCUGUGUCUUUGUGCGUGUGAAAAUCUAGGGCUUAAUGUCGUCCGAAUCUGAAAUCCCUGGAUCACCAUCGGUACCCGAAGAUGAAGACUCAUCCAAGUCCGUUAGCAAGAAAGCAGCCAAAAAGGAAGCCGCCAAGCAAGAAAAGUUGCGCCGCCGCCAGGAAGCAACCGCCGCCUCCGCCAUGUCUUCGCUCGCCGUCGAAGAGGAGGGUCCACUUGCCAACAACUAUGGAGACGUCCUUCUCAAUGAGCUUCAGUCCGUCGACAAUCCUGAAGCUGGGAAGUGGAGCGCCGCAGUAUACGGCAAACACUGGACUGAGGUCGGAGCAUUGAUCGACUCAUUGAAGGACCAGGAGGUACUCAUACGUGGCCGUGUACACACCACACGACCCGUCAGCGGCAAGCUCUCAUUUCUCGUGGUCCGAGAGAGAGGAUUCACCGUGCAGUGUGUCGUUACUCUUAAUCCUGAUUACAUCAGCAGGCAGAUGGUCAAGUACGUUGCUUCAUUAAACCGCGAGUCCAUUGUUGAUAUCGUUGGCGUCGUCUCCGUCCCCGGUGUUGCGAUCAAGGGAGCAACACAACAGGUGGAGGUUCAAGUCAGGAAAUUAUAUUGCGUUAACAAAGCUAUGCCAACUCUACCCAUUAAUAUCGAGGAUGCUGCUCGAAGUGAAGCUGAAAUUGAAAAAGCUUUGAAGGAAGGAGAGCAGCUUGUUCGUGUUAAUCAAGAUACACGUUUGAACUAUAGGGUUCUUGACGUGCGAACACCAGCUAAUCAGGCGAUUUUCCGCAUCCAGAGCCAAGUUGGAGCCAUAUUUAGACAAUUCUUGCUGUCUGAGGGGUUUGUUGAGAUCCACACUCCUAAAUUGAUAGCAGGCUCAAGUGAAGGUGGUUCUGCUGUUUUUAAGUUGGACUACAAAGGCCAGUCUGCCUGCCUGGCCCAGUCUCCUCAACUUCACAAGCAAAUGUCAAUCUGUGGAGAUUUUGGGCGGGUUUUUGAGAUUGGUCCUGUUUUUAGAGCAGAGAAUUCAUUCACUCAUAGACAUUUGUGUGAAUUUACUGGUCUUGAUGUUGAAAUGGAGAUUAAGAAACAUUAUUCUGAGGUGAUGGAUCUUGUCGACCGCCUAUUUGUUGCAAUGUUUGACACUUUGAAUGAGAAGUGCAAGAAAGAGCUGGAAGCUGUAGCGAAGCAGUACCCAUUUGAACCUUUAAAGUACAAGCCAAAGACUCUUCGGCUUACAUUUGAAGAAGGUGUUCAAAUGCUGAAGGAUGCUGGUGUGGAGAUUGAUCCUCUUGGGGAUUUAAGUACAGAAGCAGAGAGGAAAUUGGGUCAGCUAGUCUUGGAGAAGUAUGACACAGAGUUCUAUAUACUUCACCGUUAUCCUUUGGCUGUUAGGCCAUUCUAUACCAUGCCCUGCCACGAUAAUCCUGUUUACAGCAACUCAUUUGACGUCUUUAUUAGAGGCGAGGAGAUUAUUUCUGGAGCUCAGCGUGUCCAUGUACCAGAAUUCUUAGCAGAGCGUGCACAGGCAUGUGGCAUCGAUGUUGCGACAAUAGCAACUUAUAUUGAUUCUUUCAGAUAUGGUGCACCUCCACAUGGUGGGUUGGGAGUGGGACUAGAGCGUGUGGUUAUGCUUUUCUGUGGUCUUAAUAACAUUCGUAAAACAUCACUAUACCCCCGUGAUCCACUUAGGCUCGCUCCAUGAUGAUGCUGUUCGGAAGUGAUUUAUGCCUUGUUUUAGACUUUUAGUGCAACAUAUCCUAUUUUUGUUUGAGAUUUUAUGGUUGAAAAUGCAAAUUAUAUACACAAGUUCAUGACCA